AUUGUAAGCGAAAAAAAUGGGAUGUUUAGAAUUAUUAUCGAAUUGUUUUUGGUUUUUUUCUUCAAGUCAAAACUUUUGAACACGUAUAUUUCACACGUUUGACAAUUUCUUAUUCUAUUUUAAAUAUAUUACAAAAAAAUGUACACUCCGGAAAAUAUAAUUAUCAGAUAACCAAUUAUUUUUUAUUACACAUGUUAUGUCAUUUUUUUUUCACUUUUUAUGCUUUCAAAAAUCGUAAAACAGCCUAUAUUUAUUGUUGGUCAACUCGAAAAUAUAUUCAGUUUUCGUUUGUUCAGAAUAGCGUUUAGAAUAAUCCGAAAGCUCCUGGUUUUUCAUUUUUAAUAGAAUGAUUCGACUUGGAAUAGUACUUUAUAUUUUUGUCAUUGCAACUGCAGAACAGGUUGAAAAUAAAGCAGGAGAAAAUGAUUUGAGUUCCGAUGUGUGUCAUUCUACAGAAUGUUUCCAAAUUGCUCACGAUAUUUGGCAGAGUAUGAACCACUCUGUAAAUCCUUGUGACAAUUUUUAUGAAUAUGCUUGCGGGAAUUUUGGUUCUUCUAAUCCCGUUCCAAAAUCGGAAAUGGCAUGGGGUACCGUUCAAAAAAUGAGAAGAAAAGUCAGACUACGAAUGUUGGAAAUGGUGACGGAAAAAUAUAAUUCAUCAGAUAUUUUACCUAUGAAGCAAGUGAAAAAAUUUUACAGAUCGUGUACAAAUUACUUUCAGAUUGCUCAGAGAGGUCUAAAGCAUAUAAAAACAUAUUUAGCACAAAUUGGUGGAUGGCCAUUGAUAAUGGAACAAGAAGAAUGGUCGUCUAACAAAAUAUCAUGGCAGGAUAUUAAUAAAUUUUAUUCUCGAAUGAUAUUUUUGCCUUCAUUUUAUCGAGUCAGGGUUACGAGGCAUUUCAAAAACUUGAGUGAUUUUACUCUCGAUGUCGAUAAUCCUUUCAAAGUUAUAACGAUUCUUCCUCCAACUGUGCCUCUAAAAUCAAUGGCUCUUUACAGUGGAAAAUUUUUUAACAAAAACAUAACUAAUAUGUACGACGAUGGCUCAUAUGCAAAUUAUACUGUAACAAUGGCUGACAUUUUAGCCAGAAGCCGAAGUGCAAAUAUCAGCAGAGAGCAAUUACUUCAAGAUGUUGAAAAUAUGAUUGAAUUGGAAAAGAAAUUUCAAAAUAUAUCUGACACCUUUGAUUCAGAACCUAAUUACGUUAAAAUUGACGAACUCCAAGAAAUUUACGAUAAAAAUGCAAAGACACCGGAAUCAAGGAUGAAUUGGAAAGAACUGAUGACAGAAUUCUUUGAUGAAGCGAAAGUAGAACUCAAUGGUGACGAAUUAUUUCAAGUUGCAAGUGAUGAUCAUUUUGAAAAAUUAUCCGAAAUUCUCGAAAAUACCGAUCGUCGAACACUUGCAAAUUAUAUGCAUUGGCACUUCGUGUCCUACCUUCUCCCCUACACAUCACUGUAUUUUCAAGCUUUCAGAAUUAAUUUAUUCAAUCAUAAGGAAGGAAUCAUGGAAAAACCAAGAUGGGAAAGUUGUAUAAGAAAUUUGGCAAUGCCUCGAGCACUUGCUUAUCAAUACGUUAAAAAAUUCUUCAGUAAAGAAGACAAGGACAAAGUCGAACUUAUAUUUAUUGCCAUUCAGAAAGAAAUGGUUAAGCGCAUUAAAGAAGCUAAUUGGCUGAGUGAUGAAACAAAAAAAGAUGAAUUGGAAAAAAUAGAGAACAUGAAAAUUAAUAUUGGUUUUCCAGAAUGGUUGAAUAAUGAAACUUCAUUAACCGAAAUGUAUCAAGGGCUUGUAAUUGGAAAUCAGUACAUGGAAAAUAUUAUAAGUAUAAAGAGAUUCAAUGCCAAAAAGGAUCUAAAGUAUCUGAAGAGUACUGCAAAAAUUAAAGACUGGUACGCACAUCCAAUAUUUGUAAACGCCUACUUUUUCCAUCAUAAAAAUAUCUUAAAUAUCCCAGCUGCUGCUAUACAACCUCCUGUAUUUUCUAUACUACAACCCAAUACUGUCAAUUAUGGUGAAAUUGGAUUUAUAAUUGGUCACGAAGUGUCUCAUGGUUUUGACGCAACAGGCAUCGAAUUUAAUAAAGAUGGUAGAAAAUAUAUUUGGCCGGAAGAUACAAGACAAGCAAUUAAAGAAAAAACUGAAUGUUUCGCCAAUCAAUAUGAGAAAUUUAAAAAUAAUAGUGAAAACAAAAUCGUCAAAAAGAAAGUCGGAAGUAGAAUACUAAACGAAAAUCUAUCAGAUUCAUUGGGAAUAUCUCUUAUUUUCUCUGCUUUGGAAGAAAUCGAAAAAACGAAUAAGUCACUUAAAUUACCUGGAUUUGAAAAUUGGAGCAAUAAAAAGAUUUUCUUUCUCUCUUAUGCAAGGUUACAUUGUUUUAAUGCGACACCAGGUUACGAAAAGAUGAUGGGAAAAUAUUUUAAUCACAGCCCUCAUAAAUAUCGUGUGAAUGGUCCUCUACAGAAUUUCGAACCAUUUGCAAAAGUAUUUAACUGUCCAGUUGACAGUCCAAUGAAUCCAAGUUCAAAGUGUAAAUUAUGGUAAAACUUGAAUGCGGUAA